AGGAGAAAAAAUAGCAAAGACGCAUCAGCAGAGGAGAGAUGUUUAUUAUGACUCAUAAAAAAAGGGAUGGCUCAUACAUGAAUGAUGAUGCACGUGUUGUUGGAGAAGCGGUUGAGAGUAUCGAGAGCCAAGGUGGAACCUCGAAGGAGAUUUCUGUUACUGAUUCACUUGCGCAAGUCCUUGGAAAGGAGCAUUCAGGACGAGUUCGAGGGUUAGGUUUUGGACCAUGUCCAAGCGAAAUUAUUCAUAAUACUCCACAAUCGACCCCUAGAGUGCAAAUUGAGGAGUAUCAGAGAGAACUUACAGAAUUGAAGGAAGUGGCAGCAGAACAAAAGGCGGAGAUUACAGAAUUGAAGGCAGAGAAAGCAGAAGACAAGGCAAAGAUACAGAUCAUGGAGAACCUGGUGAAAUACAUCAUCCAACAGCAAGGACAUACUUUGCCACCUGAAAUUGAUGCACAGCUUAAGUCAUUGGGGAGUGGAGCAGAAUAG